UACAUCCAAACCCUAAAACAUUUGAAGCUUUCGCCAAUAAAAUUGUGGAUUUAUUUACGAGGGAAUCUAAAGAUAUAUAUUACAUUCAUAAGAAAGGAAAAAAGCCAGGUGGAUCUCUGUAUGCUAAGUACCACAGUGUAUUAUUGAAACUUAGACGGGAUGGUCUUAUUUCCAAAAGAGAUGUAGAACCAACAACAAAAGGAACGGAGAUUAAUUCUUGCGUAACAGAUUGCAUUCAAGAAAAAUCAUGGUUAAAGUAUAACGUUGAACCAUUCGAUGAAGUUCAACUAAAAUGGGAAGCGACUUUUGCUGUGCGACGACAAAUGCUACAAAAAGAUGCAAAUUUAAAUACAAUUUUAGAAGAAUGGCCUCAGUAUAAGCAGAGUUUUGGACAUUUAAUGAUAGAACUGGAUUUUAAGAAGCUGUACCCCGAAAAGCAAAAUUUGUUAUUUGAUAAAUGGGAGAGCUUCUGCCAAGCGAUUCCACCUUUGCUAGAAAUUUACAUUAAAGAUUCAAACAGCUUAACUACUUGGAGGCAGUUUAAAGAAGGAAGCAUCAAUGCUGAACAUGCAAACAGACAAAAAAAAAACACUUCAUCAAGUACACUAUUGCAGAUUCAAGAAAUAGUUUCUUACUGUGGGCACCGACAAGUAGUGAACUUCAGUCAAAAUUGAAAUUAAUGGUAGAUGCAAAUUAUAUGGAUAAAAGUACGAUUCAGCCAAUUAUAUGUUCCAUUGGAUUGGAUUAUUUUUAUUGCAAGGAAUAUUAUGUGUAUUUCGCCGAUAUAUUUUAUAAGUUCGAUAACCUAAUCAAGUGUAUUGAUGUGUGUUUUAAAACAUUCCAUGUACUUAACCUUGAGUAUCCGCCCGAAUGUAGGUCCAUACACCAAUUCAUGUGUAUAUUGUUAACAAUGAAAAACUCUUACGGCCAAAAAAG